UCUAGUUGCAUUUGAAAAGUAACAUUGUACUGUCAGUAGACGAUAGUACUAUUUUUUAAAAGUCUAGUAAGAAUUGUAGAGAGCACUUCUUGAUGUCACUGAAAAGUGAUUUGUCAUCAAUAGUAUUGCUGGAGAAGAAUGUUGAAAUUUCAUCAGGAGUUUUGCAAAUGAAAGACUCAGUGAGAGCUACAGCUGCAAGUAGUCAGAAUUCAGAGAUGCCACUCCAAUCAUCUUCAGUAACUUCAGUCACUUCAGGUGGAUCAUCUAAUACAACUGCAGCUAAUGAUCGAACACCUUUGCUUAGGCACUCUCGCCUGUUUCGUAGCCUCAGUGGAGCUAAUGGAGGACCCCACUCAUUUUCUGAAACGAAUGGAACUAAUAUUCCUAUUGGCAGUACCCGACGGUUGAAAACAUUCUCGGGAGUUUUCACUCCUGUCUGUUUGUCAAUGUUCAGUGCAGUGCUCUUUCUUCGAGUAGGUUAUGUAGUUGGUUAUGCUGGCAUCUUGGAGUGUUUGGCACAGAUGACUCUUGCUUAUGUGAUCCUGGUUUCAACUGUCUUGUCAAUUUGUGCAAUUUCUACCAAUGGAGCUGUGGAAGGAGGGGGUGCUUAUUUUAUGAUAAGUCGUGCAUUGGGUCCAGAAUUUGGAGGCAGCAUUGGAACAAUUUUCUUUAUUGCAAAUGUUUUUUCAAGUGCCUUGUAUCUGUCUGGCUGUGUUGAAGGAAUUGUUGAUAACUUUGGAGAAUCUGGAAGCAUAGCGUCCAUAUUGUAUGUUGGCUACUGGUGGAACUUCCUAUAUGGUACUGUGUUGAAUAUCUUCAAUCUUGUAGUAUGCUUGGUUGGAGCUUCUAUGUUUGCUAGGACAUCUCUGGUCAUCUUCAUCAUUGUCCUCAUCAGUGCUGCAUCUGUGAUAAUCAGUUUUUUGGCAGUCAAACCUGGAAGUUUUCCUCUACCAAAAGAAAAUGAGUACAUGCAUAGCUUGAACAUAUCUGAAGCCUACUACACUGGCUUUAGCUGGGAAACCUUUACAAAUAAUAUUUGGAGUAACUAUACCAUUGAUUAUACAACUGAAAGUACCACUAGUUUUGCAGCAGUGUUUGCUGUUUUCUUUAGUGGCGUUACAGGAGUUAUGGCAGGUGCUAAUAUGUCUGGAGAUUUAAAAGAACCUGGUAAAUCUAUCCCACGUGGGACCUUAUCAGCAACUGCAUUCACUUUUGUGAUUUAUCUGAUUAUGGCAUUCCUUACUGCUGCUACUUGUUCAAACUUCCUGCUGAAAAACAAUUACCUGUACAUGCAGUAUAUCAACCUUCAACCACCCCUUGUUGCUAUUGGAAUUGUUUUUGCUACCCUGUCUGCAGCAUUAAGCAAUUUGAUUGGUUCUUCCAGAGUUUUGGAGGCUCUUGCUAAAGAUGAGCUUUUUGGUGCUGUUUUGAGACCUGUUGUACAAUACACUACUCAAGGAGGAAACCCAGUUGCUGCUGUUUUGAUGGCAUGGUUUUUUGUAGAGCUGAUUUUGCUAAUGGGAUCUCUAAACUUAAUUGCUCAGAUAACUUCCAUCUUCUUCUUGUUGUCUUACCUGUCAACAAACCUGGCCUGCUUGGGACUAGGUGUUGCUUCAGCUCCAAACUUUAGGCCAUCUUUCAAGUAUUUCUCCUGGUACACAGCAGCUAUUGGUUUGUUUGGAUGUGGAGUUAUGAUGUUUGUCAUCAGUCCUCUCUACGCGGCUAUUACUGUUAUUAUGUGCUUGAUACUUGUCAUUGUCCUUCAUCUCCGUUCACCUCCAGUUCGCUGGGGAUCCAUUAGCCAGGCUUUAAUUUUUCACCAGGUUAGAAAGUACCUGUUACUGCUGGAUAGCCGAAAGGACCACAUCAAGUUUUGGCGACCUCAGUUUUUGUUGAUGGUGGCAAAUCCUCGCUCCUGUGUUCCUCUGAUCAAGUUUGCCAAUGAUUUAAAGAAGAGUGGUCUUUACGUACUUGGUCAUGUUAAAAUUGGAAAUAUGACAUCACUUGAUACAGACCCUGUAACAGAAGAAUAUCCUCUAUGGCUUUCUCUAAUGGAUAAGUUGAAAGUUAAAGCCUUUGUAGAAGUUACCUUAGCUAGAUCAGUUCGGGAAGGAUUUCAUCAUUUGGUUCGGGUAUCAGGACUUGGAGCCAUGAAACCAAACACCAUUUUAUUUGGGUUUUUUGAUGGAUGUACUCCAAAUGAUUUUUUUGAGAAAGAUGAAGCAUUUUUGUCUCUACAGAGAGUGACUAUUCGAAAUGAAGUUUUCCUAAAGUUGAGAGAAGAAGAAAAAAGCAAAAUGGUAACUGCUAGUGAAUAUGUGCAGAUGAUUCGGGACAGCAUUUUCAGACUUCAAAAGAAUGUUUGUCUGGCUCGUCACUUUGAGAAGUUGGACAAGAAUAAGGUAAAAAAAGCUAAAUUUAUUAACUAUAUUGAUGUAUGGCCAAUGAAUUUCUUCCAUCCUUGCUCUAUUACUACCAUUGAUAACUCUUGGCUUUUUAUAAUGCAACUUGCCUGUAUCUUGAACAUGGUAAGUGACUGGAAGCGCUCUACUGUUUUAAGAGUUUUCAUGUGCAUGAAUGCUCAGAUGGAGAAUGCUCAGACCCGUCAACGACAAUGGGAAAACAUGUUAGAGAUGUUGAGAAUUAAUGCUGCAAUCAGUGUUAUUUUGUGGGAUCAUGUAACUGCUUUGCUGGACUUCCAGAAUGGCCAAAAUCCAGAGCUUCACACUGAUUAUCUUUGCAGUGUCAAUGCAAUGAUCAAACAGCAAAGCAAGAAUACGGCUGUAGUUUUUGUCCAUCUCCCAUCUCCUCCAGCUAAAGAAAAAGACAAUCAGACAUACCUUGAGAGAUUGAAUAUACUGACAGAAAAUCUCCCACCAACACUCCUGGUUCAUGGGAUCAGCCCAGUUACCUCCACCACUCUAUAGGGACCAAGGUUUAUUAGUAUAUAUUAGCAAGAUAGUUUAGUAUAGGUGGAAUUCCAUAGAAGUGAUUAUUAGGAUUCAGUUUGUUCUGAAUACAGUGAUAUUAAAAAUACAUAGAGAAAUGCUUAUGUCUCAUACAUAAUAUAAUUGUUGUAUCAAAGUGAUUUAAUUAAAAAUUAUACAACUUUCUUUUGUUAAAACUAUUAUAACCUUUUACAAAAUGAAUUGGAAUUGAAAAGGAAUAUUAAUGUUAUUUAGAGCAAUAGUUUUUUGUGUGAUUAUUCUUGUUUACUACUUAAAAUUGACAUGGAAUUUCUUUCCAAAUUAUUUUGUGAAUUUAACUGAUUUUUAUCGAAAGAUUCUUCCCGUGUUAAUGUUCUAUUUCUUCGGUUAACACAGAAACAGCUCUUUAUUCUUAAUCUAUUAAUAUUGUAUAUAAUACACUUAAAAUGGAAACUGAACCUUGUCUUUAGAAAAUUGUAUAAAAUAACUAAUCAAAUAAAAAAAAUUAUUUGUAAAAUUAGAAAUAUUAAUCACAGAUUAAAUUUUAUUUUGAAUUGUAAAAUUGAUUAAAAUGGCACUUGUUACUAUCCAGAAGUCUUUUCAUUCAGUACCAGAAAACUCUCAACUGAACUGUAAAAUAGCAACUAAAAGCACAUUCAAAAUGCUAUUUAUAUAUAUAUAUAUAUAUAUAUAACAUGGGCAUUUUACACCAGAAAGUACACUGAAUGCAGUUAAGGCUGCCAUAGUUCAGCCCAAUUGAUGAUUUCUGGUAUUGAAUAAAAGGCAUCCUGAGCUUUCAGUGUCAAAGAAAAGAUAGUUCUGAAAUUCUAUAUUUACAUGGUUCUGAUUAAAAAUCCAUGAAGGUCUAAUAAAGAGAAGUCUGAUGUAAAAACCUUUGCUGUCAGUCAUAAUUUUUUAUCACUCUCUUAUCAGGCAUAAAAUGUCUAAUUUUCCCACUUUAGGUGCUUUAUACCAUGCAUUAGUUUUUAAAAACAAAAAGAAAGUGAUUGUUUAUAUGAAUUGUGGUGCAUGUAAUUAGAAGAUAUACUGUUAUAUUUCAUAUAAUAAUUUGAAUAGUUCUUUUGUGAUUUAAAACAGUUAUCCCAAGGAAAUCAGAUAUAUCAUGGAUGGUGAUAGAUUUAAGGUUUUAACAUUGACUGCUGAUUAUGGCUAGUGUACUGAUACUCUUGGUGUAUGUAAGAAAAGUAUUGAAUUUCCCUUAAAUACUCACCCAUAAAAUGGAAUACUUAGUAAGUUGCAAUAGUUCAUUUUUCUGAUCUUUGUCAGUUUAUUUAUGGAAAACAUAAUUUUCUAUAUGGUGACUAACAUUAGUCGCAUACUUUUCAAUUUAUUAAAUAAUGUUCUUAAAUUAGUGAAGAAAAUUCUGUUUAGAAGAGUAAUUUUAUGCCAAUAAUAAUAAUAAUAUAAAUAAUGUCUCCUGUCGAUUAGUACAAAUUUGUGACCAGUUUUUAAGACUAAACAAGUCCAUCAUUAGAGGUUUUAAAUUCAGUCAAGCAACAGUAGCAAUGUAUGGAAAGCAUCCACUUCUUCAUUAUAAAGUCUGUCUAGUCAUUAUCUCCACUGUUAUUAUUAAAUGGGUUUUUAGCUUCUUUUUUCUUGAUCAGUAAGAGUACUUUAUCCUAUUCCAUCCCUCCUGAAGGUGGAAUCAGUUCCUUACUGUAUAUUAACAUUCCUUCUUUUAAUGUCUUCCAAUUUCUAAGUGACUGUGUACUGAUACUUUAAUAAUAAGUAAAAUUAUAAUAUGUAUUUGCAUAUCUUAUAAGAACUUUGUAUAACAUAUGUGACAUUAUUUGCACUACUUUUUCUUAAUGCAGAAAUAUUAUGCAAUAUUUUAUUUUGUGGGGAAAAAUGAAUGCAUGAUAGUUAAUUUCAGAUAUUUUUUUAAAGUUACUGCAUGGAUUAUAAGAAUUAUGUGUUGUAAAUUAUACUUUUCACUUAUAAGUAAGUUUGUUGGAGUUGGUAUGUGGUGGCACUUGUUUGUUGGAGUUUUACUUGCUCUAAAUAUUUUUAUAUGUUAGUCAUUUUAGUUGAUUGUGACAACAUUUUAUUUUACAUAUAACCUGCCUUAUGAAAAUAUACAAGUUGACACUCAUUAACUUAUUGUCAUGUACUAUACAGUUAUUAUGUUUUUAGUAAUUAUAAUAAAAUACUGCUUAUUAUACCGAACAUUGUUUCUCUGUUUUCUUGUAAUAACCUAGAAUUUGAAUGAUUUGUGUGAGUUAAUAGACGUGAUAUAGACAAUACUUAUGUAACCAUUUUAACUUUCUGUUUUAGAUUACAUCUUAAUUGAAACCAGGAUGAUCUGCUUAGUUCUAUGUAAUCUGUGAAGCAAUACAUUGAAUCAGUAGUUUCUGUUUGUUUAUGCUGCUAGUAAAGUUGGAUGAUAUAAGAACUACAAUUAAAGCCAAUACACUGUUCAAGUUUAAAAGAUUGUAACUAACUUAUGGUUAUUCAUAUUCUUCUCGCAUGUUGAACUGGUUCUGUUUUUUUAUUAAGUUUUUUUUAUAUUUAUUUUGGUGUGUGGUUUUAUUGAUAAGAGAUAAGAUUUCAAAAUAACCCACAUAACUUAAACGUUACCUCCACUGACUUAUUUUCAGUUGUUCAGCAGUCUCUUCAGUUUGGGAAACAUACAGGCAAUUAUUUAAGAUUGUAAGAUAUUUCAUAAGUUUAAGUAAGUCUUUUUACCUUAUUCUUGUAGCAUAACUUGUUUCUCACACACUUCUACUAGUUCUGAGGAAAUUUUAUUCAAGAAAAUAGGACCUGAAAUGUUCAGUCAAUAGGCAAUUAAAGGUGAUGAUCUUAUGUACUGGCUUUCUGCUGUAUUUCAUAUUUAUAAAACAAAUGUGUCUUAGUUAUUGUGAAAUUAUCUGGAAAUACAUAGAAGAUAUUACAAACUAUAAAUAAUUAACUAUAUUUAUUAAUUUAUUCCUAAUAUGGUAAUAAACUUGAAUGAAAAUUUGUAUUCUAUUGCUGAGAAUUUGAGUUAUGCUGAAAUGAUAUUUUUUUGGAUCUUUUGCCAAACAAUAUAUUAGUUUCUUGCAAAUGUUCUGUGUUAGGCAUAUAAUUAUUUUUAAUAACUUAUAAAAGUCUAAUAUUACAAAAUGUAUUUGAAGGUUUGAGAUAAUUGUGGACAGUCAAGUUUUAUUUUCAAACUAAUCAUUACCACAAUGUAAUAGAAAGAAAUUAGAAUAAAACACACACCAGUUGUUGAUUAAGUGUUAUUGUUUUUCUUAUUUAAUUUAUUUUUCAUGAACAUAUGCAUAUUAAUAUUAUUUUGAGAAGUGUUUUCAUGUAUAUUGCAUUUUUUUUGUGAUUUGGUUUUAAUCUGUAUGAUUGUUGUCAAGUUUGAAAUAUACACUAAAAAGUGUAAAGUAUCCAUAAAUAAUAAAACAGU